AUGCGCAGACGAGGCUCUUCCGUGUGCCGUUGGUGUCUGUGUAUCACAGGUGGAAGGGAAACGACGCUCAGGCUGUGGAGCGACUCGGGGUGAAGGGGUGGUUAAUAAAGUAGCGCUGAGGGAUUAGUCUGGGGACCGCUGUCGAGGCCUGCAAAAAAAGAUGGAAUAACGAUAACCAACCGGAGCUGGUUUGGUUGUAGUCGGCUGAAGGAGAGCGUAGCUUAGCUAGCUAACACACAGUUAGCGCGCUAGCCACAUUACACAGCACGGCUGCUGUAUUCUGGGAGAGCUGCCGCUCCUGCUCCUGGUGCUGCUGCCGCUGCCAGUGGUGGUGUUCGAGCUGUUCUCAGCCAUGUUCGUGCAAGAAGAGAAGAUCUUCGCUGGGAAUGUGUUGAAGAUCCAUAUCUGCACCAUGGAGGGCACGGAGUGGUUGGAGGAAGUGAGUGAAGACACGACCAUAGAGAAACUAAAGGAGAAAUGCCUCAAGCACUGUGCCCAUGGGAGUCUGGAGGACCCCAAAACCAUCACACACCACAAACUUAUUCAUGCAGCUACAGAGAGGAUUCUUAAUGAAACCAAAACAGUGGCAGAUGAAAACCUUAAAGAUAAAGACUGCUUGUUAUUGAUAAAGAAGAGGGCACCACCAGUACAUCCAAAAAUGACUGACGUAUCUGCAGAAGAGAAAAAGAAGCAGGAGAGCAAGGCUCCUGAUAAAGACGCUAUCCUCAAAGCCACAGCGAAUUUGUCCACACGCCACUCGGACCGCACCGUCACGCAGCACAACAUCAGAGACUUCCAGACAGAAUUGAGGAAAAUUCUGGUGUCGCUUAUUGAGGUGGCGCAGAAACUCCUCGCUUUAAAUCCAGAUGCUGUUGAGCUUUUUAAAAAGGCCAAUGCCAUGUUGGACGAGGAUGACGAGGAGCGUGUGGAUGAGAAUGCCCUGCAGCAGCUGACUGAGAUGGGUUUCCCAGAGAGCCGUGCUGUCAAGGCACUGCGCCUCAACCACAUGUCUGUGACGCAGGCUAUGGAAUGGUUGAUCGAGCACGUGGACGACCCCAUGGUCGACAUGCCCCUGCCAGGCCAGGAAGCUCAGGGAGCUCAAGGAGCAGCCGGAUCUGCGGCAGCUGCAGCCGGAUCUGCGGCAUCUGCAUCUGCGGCAACUGCAUCUGCAUUUGUGGCAGCUGCAUCUGCAUCUGCAUCUGUAGGUCCGUCUCCCUCAAAUCCAGGGCUGCAGGCAGCUAUUUCCUCCUCGUCCAGCUCAGACGAAGCCAAGCAGGAUGAGCUGACUGAGAUCUUCAAAAGGAUCCGGAGGAAACGAGAGUUCAGGCCGGACUCACGGGCAGUGAUUGCAUUGAUGGAGAUGGGGUUUGAUGAGAAGGAAGUGAUCGACGCCCUCCGGGUCAAUAAUAAUCAACAGGAUGCUGCUUGUGAAUGGUUGCUUGGUGACAGAAAGCCUUCACCGGAGGAGCUCGAUAAGGGCAUCGACAUUAACAGCCCUCUGUUUCAAGCCAUACUGGAGAAUCCUGUGGUCCAGCUCGGCCUCACAAACCCGAAAACACUGCUGGCGUUCGAAGACAUGCUGGAGAAUCCUCUGAACAGCACACAGUGGAUGAAUGACCCAGAAACCGGCCCUGUCAUGCUUCAGAUAUCUAGAAUCUUCCAGACACUCAACCGCACAUAAAACACACUUUAUCUCUGGAGCUUCUGCAAACAGGACAGGCUUAUUCACUAAUAAGGGAAGUGUGUGUGUGUGUGUGCUGCGUGUGUGUGCUGCGUGUGUGCGUGUGGCUGGUAUGGUUUAUGUUGUGUUACAGUGAGCAAUGAAUGUAACAAUAAUAAGGAGAUGGGAAUUUGCAGUUUUGAAUAUUAUAUAUGUAAUAUAUAAAACUGACAGAACACAUGUAAACAACAAAUGUAAACAGUAACUUAAUUCUAAGUUAUUCUUAAGAUAAAUGCUAGAUUACAAUUUUUUUUUCUCAUUUUAUGUACCGUUUUUAAUUCUAUUAAGUACAUAUUUUAUUUUAUAUAGCAUCCAGAGCAAAAAAGUUUACACUUCAGGAAAAUGUUCAACGUCUUGGUAUUAGUCUCUCCAUACAGUUGAUCUAAAAACA